UCACGACACCAGAGUCUAAAGCCUGGUGAACGGACACGUUCAUCGCCGGGUGCGGUGGCGCGCGCCUGUAAUCCAAGUUACCGGGAGGCUGAGGCUGGAGGAUCGUUUGAGCUCAGGAGCUCUGAGCUGCAGCGGGCUACGCUGAUCGGGUGUCCGCACUAAGUUCGGUAUCGAUAUGGUGCUCCUGGGGGAGCCCGGGACCAGCAGGUCGUCUAAGGAGGGGUGCACCGGUCCAGGUCGGAAACGGAGCAGGUCAAAGCCCCCGUGCCGCUCAGUAGUGGGAUCGCGCCCGUGAAUAGACGCUGUAGUGCAGCCUGAGUAACACAACGAGACCCGGUCUUUUUACACCCACCAGUGAACUACAGUCACAGCACACACACUCCAACAUUAUAUCUUUACAUCACACAACAGCUUCAAUGCUGCUGCUCUGUCUUUUUACUCCAUCAGAAACCUUCACAGACCUGCUGCUCUGCUGCUGCUACACCACCUCCACCUGGAGGACAGCAGCACCAGCACCCACCUCCCUGAGAACUUCUCAGCUUGUUCAGCGGGUUGAGGUAAACUGCAGCUUCAACUCUUUUGGACAGCGUUAAAUGCCAAGUAUUAGAAAUGUCUGCCCUUGCCCAAGCUCUUCAAAAUUCCUGUGAUGGUAGAACAUGUUUUUGUGUGGGAGGACUGUUCUGCCAAGCAAAGCUGUUUUGGUCCUGAUUCUUUUUUUUUCUCACAAGAAAAUCUUGUUCUUGCACCACCAAAUGCUACCUUGUGAUGGGGGCAAACAAGAAAAUAAUAGAUGAGUAAAGGGCACAGCGGCUUUAGAGAUUUUGCCGCUUGAUUUUUAUGUGGGUUUUGUUGGACGGUAAACCAUCAGUAUGUGUCAAAUGUACGCAAAAGUUCUCUCUUAGGCAGAAUUUUUGUUCAUUUCCAGUAUGUUUCCCCUCAACCACUUUGUAUAUUCAACGACUAUUUAACCAUACUGUUCAUUUUCUAGAAGAUUCCCCACCUUUUGGCAUUUUCACAAAGUCAUUUAGAAUAAAAGACAAUGAGCAAAUUCAGCGUGGGGUUUUGGGGAGCCCCUUGGGCAUUUCUCAAUGCCAGAGCCCUUGACAUUGCCUCACCUUAUUGCAGCUGGCGUGUUGCAAGCGAGAUGGUGUGGUUCACUUCUGGAAAUUACCAUGAAGCAUGUGUAAAUAACACAAUCUAGUCAUCCUUGUGUGGCUUAGGGAUACGCUUGUCCCUGGAGGAUUUAGUCAAAACGUGAUAUCAUAUGUGGCGGCUAAAAAAAGAGGAAGAGGGAAUGCCCAUGCCCCUGAUGCCCCUCUAACACACGUGCACCCACAAAUGCCCCUACAUGCACAUGAAAGGGUUGUAGCAUCUUAUCUUUUAGUGGAAUUUUAUAAAUUCUUUAAUGCUGAUUGUGCUACUACCAAAUACAAUUUUCUAUGCAGAGAUACUGUAUAUAUAUUUUUUUACAUUUAGGCAAAUAGGUGUGUUUCUGAUAUACUGUUAUCGUCCUAUGUUUACACCAACUGCUCCUUAAACCCUUUAUAUGUUAUUUUUCUGGAGUUUUUAAGAUUACCUUAUGUGCUUUACCUUUUCAUCAGACAUGUGACUUCCAGUCUAAUGCAACUUACCCAUAUUCUUACCAGAAGCCACAUCAGAUACAACCAAUUAGGCAUCUAGUCUCACAGCGUAUGUGUGUCAGAGAGAGAGCGAGAGAGAAAGGAAGAGAGCGAGAGUGAAAGAGAAGGAGGAGUGACAGAAAGGGAAAGAAAAGAGGGAAGAAUGAGACUCAUAACUCAGUAAGUGGUGAGCCAAGUUCUUCUCAGCAACUCGUUCUGCUACACAGACUCUCUCUCUUUCUCUAUCUCUCUCUCUCUCACACACACACACACUCAAAAACACAAAGCAGAAGUGGACAAAGAGACACGGUUUCAGUCGCCGCGGUUGGCUAUGGCUCAGGGCUCUGACAGCAAUGACACAAGUUACAAAUCCCCAUCACCUGGAAGCAGACCGAGCUCCUCAGAUGAUGCGAAGAAGGUGAUGCGGAGGGAGAAGAACCGGAUUGCUGCUCAGAAGAGCAGAAUGAGGCAAACUCAGAAAGCUGACAGCCUGCACUUGGAGAGUGAGAACCUGGAGAAGGAGAACGCUGCCCUGAGGAAGGAGGUGAAGCAGCUGACAGAGGAGGCCAAGUAUCUGUCUUCUGUGCUCAGCAGCCACGAACCUCUGUGCACUGGCCUGACUGCUCAGACCCCUGACCUCCUCUACCCUCCUCACCACAGCAGCUACCACCACCAGCACAUCGCUGUACCACACUACCAGCACUGACAUGACAGACUACUGAGAUGGCCGAAGAUGUGCUGUGAAACAGAAGACGGACCUCAGUGGAGAGAGACUGACUAGAGAUGUGAAUGUUAAUCAUUGCUCAUAACUGAUCAACGAGUAACAUGACAGGCCAACACAUCCAAACAGCCAAACAGUGAGAGUAUGGAGUCCAAAGUGAAGCAUACAGUAUUCAAAACUAUUUAUUUAGCUUCUGUUCAUCUAUUUGCUUUUAUCUGAUUAAUAUCCAACAUCUAUGUGUGAAGCUAAAUGGCUUGAUGAGUAAAAUUAUCAACCAGUCGAUGUUUACAUUGGGAGAAAAAUCCAUCUACUGUAUGUUCAGGUGACUCAUGCAAUAUUUUUGUAAGCUGUUUUAGUGUUGUGCAGAGCUCCUUUGUUAAUCUGUUAUAUUUAGAGUUUCUGAUGUUAUUAUAUGUUUCAUUGUGUAAAUGCUCAGGAGCUUUUGACAGAUUUGAUUGUGGACAAACAGAAUGUAAAGUCGUCAUAAUCCCAAAAAGGCUUUGAUGCACCAAAAAAAGAAACGGCUUGCUGUGAGGAACGGGCAUUCACGGGUUCUUGUUUUGUGUACUGGUGAUCAUGUGUGAGAAGACGCCAGUAGAGAUAUUUAUUAAAGAUCAUUUCUGACCUCCAGGGGUUUUUAUGUAUGGCUCUGUGCAGUGUUUUUCCUUGUCUGCACAACAGAUUCUGCACCGGUGCUGAUAACAGGGCAAAUGUGACAGAGCUACUGUAAAUGUGUUUCUCUCUGAUUAGGGUCUAUAGAUGGCACUGUUUACCAGUAUGACAGAUAAGAGUUUGAGUAGAUUAUUUUACAAAGCACACAAAUAAUUCAUAAUAGACUCUCCUGUGUGGAUAUGAAUUUUGUUUUUGCUUUUUUUGUUGCUGUUGUUGUUCAACACAACUGAAGUUUUGGUCUUUCUCCCCUUACCUGUUCCACAAUCAGUUGUCAAAGUGGAUCUGUUAACUGCAGUGUUUUAGACUAGGAAGUAAACUACCAAUAAAGUGG